AGAAGUCAGCGAAAACUUACAUACAUAUCCUGCCACUCUUGUGCGCCGUGUCACAAGAUUGAAGCACCAAAUCAAAAAAACUAACAACACUUUUUUCCUUGUUUUACGCAACCGCGAUAAUUUCUCCCACAAGCGAAUCGACGGCACCGUUUCUUCUCCUUUGCCCGGCAGACACCUUCUUUACCUCGGCUGAAGUUGAAUCAAAACACACACGCAAAAAGAAAACCGAACUGUUCAUCUUCGCUGUUGUCUUCUCGUUAUAAUGCAGCAGUCUUCGUUUGAGGUGGCCGUGAGCAGAAACAGCCAGCACUCCUUCGUCACCGUCUCGCAGAACUAUCUGAACAGUGUGUUGCAGCCGCUCUACAGCGGGCAUCUGCCCCCUGCGGUGCCGCUGCGCAUCACCGGCCAAAAUGGCAAGGACAUCUACGUUGGCUGUCUCACCGCCAACCCGCAUAAUCUGUCCAAGUUCAAGAUACUCUUCCCGCUUACCCUGUGCACCGACUUGGGGCUGAGUGAGGGCGAGCUUGUGGAGUGUGUGCCGCUCUCCAACGCCCCACGCGCGACAAAAGUUCUUGUGGCCCCUCUUACGGUGGAUGACAGCGAGGUGGUGGAGCAGAACGCGCUGCGCAUAGAGAACUUGCUGCUGCGCCAGGUGCAGGUGGUGUUCCCGUCCAUGAUCAUCUCCGUCGCCAUCUACGCCGGCGUGACGGCGAAAGUGAUCGUCACGUCGAUCGAGUGCGGGGCGUCGGAGGAGAAGCUGCGCAGCGGGUGUGCGACGAUGCACGAGGGCACGCACUUUGUGAUCGCCACGCGUGUGCGACGCGAGCUGGCGGAUGCGGCCGCCGGCAACGACGCCCCGCCGUUGUGGGCCUUCGUGCGUGGGCGGCCGUCGCCGCGGGCCUCGGCGCAGCCUCGCGGUGACGCUACCGCUGCUGCAGUCGCGGCCGCUGGUGGAGAAGGAGGGACGGUGAAGGUGGGCAGUGCGAUGGCGGAAAACUACCACUGGAAGAACGGCACCGUCCUCGGCGCCCUCGACUGCGCGAUGGUGGCCACGCUGGACAAGGAAGACUUGACGCCGGGUUUCCUGCGCACGUAUUUGAAGACGGUGGUGGUCUCCGUCGAGGAGGUGCGCACGACGGGUGAAGAUGGAAAAGACGAAACGGACGUGUGCGAGCUGGAUUUCCUGGCGCAGGCCACCAACGUCCUCCUCACCCCACAUGCCAUCGACGCCCCAGCAGCAACGGCGGCUGCCGAGACCACCGUUGAGGCGCAAAACGACGUCACCGAGGCGGCGCAGUCGCCGCUUAUGUUGCCGUCCACUGCACUGAGCUUGGACGACGUAGCGAAGGUGCACGGCAGCGUCGCGCACGAGCUGCGGCAGCACCUGCUCGCCGCCCUCCACCAGUCGGCCAUGCCGCACUUCGCCAACUUACACCACAACAACGUCCUUCUCUGCGGUGGAAAGGGCUUUGGCAAGACGACGGUAGUGCGGGCGGUCUUGAGCACGUUGCCGGACGUGCACACCGUUUCGCUCGAGUGCGGCAAGACGAAGUCCUUCUCCGCUGAUGUGGCGAAGGCGCUGACGGAGUGCGUGCUGUGCAAGCCCGCCGUGCUGGUGCUGGAGAACUUCGACAGCAUCGCUCCCGCGCAGCAAGAGGGGAACGUGGCUGCCAUGUCCGCUAUGACGCAGGCCACGCUGGAGUGCACCCUGACACGCUUCUGCUACCAAUUCUCGGUCCGUCCUGCCGGUGCGGUGGUGGUGCUGGCGACCUGCUCCAGCCGCGACGCCGUGCACGAGUCGCUGCGCUCCGCGUACUGCUUCCGACAGGUGUUGACGCUGGAGUCGUUAAACCGCGCCUCGCGCACCGUGCUGGCGACGCAGCUGUUCCCGAGUGCCCCGAGCGAGGAGGUGGCGGCGGCGGCGGCGCUGAUGGACAACUACACGCCGUUCGAUGUGAAGCAGCUGGCGUCGCGCAUGCGGGCGAAGCUGGCAGCGGACCCGAGCCUGUCCCUGCGCGCGUGCGCCGAGGCGUGCGUCGCGUCCUUCACACCGCUGGCCCACACGGGCAUCAGCUUCCUGAAGGGCGACAAGGUGUCGUGGGAGUCCAUCGGCGGCCUGGAGGAGGCGAAGAAGGUGCUGUACAACACCCUGGUGCUCCCCAUCAAGCACCCCCAGCUGUUUGCGCGGCUGCCGCUCAAGACGCGCAGCGGGAUCCUUCUCUACGGCCCGUCGGGGUGCGGCAAGACGUUCAUCCUCGAGUCGCUCAUCAACGCGGAGAAUUUGCACUGCAUCGUGAUCAACGGGCCGGAGGUGUUUGGCAAGUACAUUGGGCAGAGUGAGCAGAAGAUCCGCGACGUCUUUGAGCGGGCGCAGGCGGCGGCGCCGUGUGUGGUGUUCUUCGACGAGUUCGACUCCGUCGCCCCGCAGCGCGGCGCCGACGACUCCGGCGUGACGGACCGCGUGGUGAACCAGCUGCUGUGCUAUCUCGACGGCGUGGAGGGCCGCAAGGACGUCUUUGUCGUGGCGGCGUCGAGCCGGCCAGACCUGAUCGAUGCGGCGCUGCUGCGACCCGGGCGCCUGGACAAGGCGGUGGUGUGCCCGGUGCCGAGCGAGGACGACCGCGUGGCCAUCCUACGCAGCCUCCUGAGCAAGACGUCGGCCCAGUUCAGCGACGACGAGCUGCUGCAGGUGGCGCAGCGGACGGAGAAGUGGACGCCGGCCGACCUCUCGGCGAUGGUGUCGUCGGCGAACACGCUGGUGAACAUGCGCUUCAUGGAGAACCUCACGCAGCAGGCGGCGGCGCGCAGCAAGGGUGCGGGCGGUGGUCUACUUGGCGGCGACGGGGAGGAGGACGGCUUUGUCAUCGCCAACCUCGGCGGCGGCGUCACGCGCGAGAAGGUGAGUGACGCGCUGAAGCCGCUGGCGCAGGCUGCUGUGGCGGGUGGCGCAGCGUCGGGCAGGGCAGCGCUGGCGGCGGAGCAGAUGACGAUGGAUGACCUCUGGAAGUCCGUGGACACGACGCGGCCGUCGCUGUCGGAGAAGGACAUCCAGAAGCACGAGCGCAUUCACGCGUUGUUUUCAAAAGGCAAGACCAUUCCGCCGCCCAAGCCGCCCGGCACGCGACUGGUGACCCGAUAA